CGAAUGAAUGUUAUAUUAUCUUUCCUCAUUAAUUUCACUCAUAUAAAAUGCAAAUGUUUUUGGGAAAUAUGCUAUGAUAGCACUAAAAAGGGGUAGAGAUUUGGAAUUGAGGUUUAAAAUUUUGUAAAAUAAAAAAUAAAUAUUAAAAAUUUGAAAAUAAAAAUUUUAAAAAUAGUUUCAAAAAGUAUUUUCGAAUUACAAAAAGAAAAUUUGAAAAGAAAAUAAAAAAAUAAAAAAGUUCGAAUUCGAAACAUAUAAUCUAAAACUAUUUUUUUUUUUUUAUAUAUCUAGAAUAUUAAGGUCUUUUUACCUAUUAAAUAAAAUAAUUUGGUUAUUUUCUUCUUUGUACUCUAUUUUUGUGACCAAAACUUAAAAUGAUUUAUUUACAAGAAUUGCCCAAUGCUUUUCACAACAGUUCGGGAAGCAGCAUAAAACCUUUACACGCGAAACAACUUUAUAAGUUGAUACAUAGACGGAUUAUCCAUUGACACUCCAUUUACACAUAAAACAGUGUGACAGACAUACGUGGGUUCAAUUGACCACCCAUAAAAUUUUACAUGAAUUAGGUUUUGGUUAUACGUUGAUUUCUAAUAGAUUUGUUGAUUGUUUUGUUUGAACAUCCUAGAUUAAACAUUGACCAUUUUAUAUCAAUUAUCUGUACCUAUUAAUCCAUCCUUAGCAUUUGAUUGGAAGUUUAGUUUUUGCACGUAUUUCUUGAUUAGAUUUGAGAUCACUUUGUUUAUAUUUCUAAGAUCUUAGCUAGUUAUCAAUCAUUCAUCUUCUUAUUUGAUUAGAAUAUAGAAGUUUGUAUAUUCUUAGUGUUAUUGAUCACUGGUUACUUGUGGAUUCGAUCUUAAAGUGAUGCAUUAAUAUACCGAUUGUGGUAGCGUUCACAUUAAAUUAAUCGACAUGUAAUAAUAAUAAUAACUAAAACCAAACUAUUGUGUGAUUCACAAAUUAAAAACUGUUAUUUAUCAUAUUUACUCGGACUAAUAAAUUUUAAUAACAUACAAAUAUAUUCCUAGUUUAGUACUCCAUAUAAUUAAUUAAACAAUGAUGAUUUGAAUCAACAGAUUUUUAGCUUUUUAGUUUUUAAUAAAGAGAAAUUUCCUAUGAUAGCAUUUUAAAGUUUUUGUCACAAAAUAGUCCUCAAUGAAGAAAAUGACUAAAAUAAAUUUUAUUAAAGGAUAAAAAUGUAUUUUUACUCUAUGGUUAACUAAUCUAGACUUAAAGUUCAAAGUUAUAUUAAAAAUUUCAAAAUAAAAAGAUGUUAUUUUGGUCAUUUUAUUUUUUAAAUGCUAUUUUUGUGACAAAAACUUAAAUAUGACUAUUUGAGAGAAUUGCCUUUUAAUAAAUUAUAAACAGAAAAUCAUUUAAAAGUGAAUUUACGUGUGAAUUGUACUAAAUAAUUAUGCAUGCCUCCAAUAGAAAUUUAUUAUGAAUAUUUAUCUGAUAGUAUGUGUUGUCCAACUUAGUGCAAGAUCUUCGUUAUCUAUACAACAUUUAAUAGUAAGAUUUUUCAACUUUUGUUCAUAACUCAUAAGGCUCUAAUUUUAUUGGUUAACAAAAAGUUGACCACUCAUUUCUUGUAUAAAUACUCAACCUCUUCCCUUGCCUUCGCUUAUCUUUUCUUCUAAAGCAAGUUAGAAACUUCCGAAAUAAUUCAAGAAAAAAGUUCCCUCGAAAACAAGAGUACUUCUCAUCGCAGCAUGGCUUCUGGUAGUAGAACCGUACGACGCUUAAAUUUUGGAACGUGUUAUGUUAUUGAGCCCAUAGAAAUCCAUAAAGCAACUAUAGUAUGGCUGCAUGACCUCGACCAUAUCGGACGCCGCUGUUUAGAGCCUCUGAAAGAUUUGAAUCUUCCAAGUAUAAAAUGGAUUUGUCCGACUGCUCCCAGACUUCCCGUUACUUCCUUGGCUGGACAAAACGCCACUGCGUGGUGCGACAUCACAAAAGUUUCAGAGAGCAUGCAACAUGAUUUCGAAUCAUUAGAUAGUGUAAAUUCAUAUGUUGCUGAUCUUUUAUCUACCGAACCAACGAAUGUUAUUAAAGGUGUAGGAGGUGUCGGUUUGGGAGCAGCAGCAGCUCUCUAUUUUGCGAGUUCCUGCGCCUUUGGAAAGGUCCAGAUUAAGCAACAAAUGAUUAACCCGCAAAUUGUUAUAGGGAUCAACGGUUGGCUUCCUGGCUUGACGAGCUUACAACCCAAUAUGAAUAAUGCUUUUGGGACUUUUAAUCGUGCUAAAUUGCAACGAAUCUUACUUUUACACGGAACCUCUGAUGAUGUAGUUCCCUCCGAGUUUGGAUACAAAUGUGCUGUUUCCCUUCGAAACAAUGAAUUUCCAACCAUGUUUAAACAAUGUGGAGGGUAUAAACAUCGAUUAAUUCUCUCUCUCUCUCUCUCUUUUUUUUUUUACAUAUUUUCUGAUUUUAGGUUGUCAUUUGCAGCAAUCAUGUAAUGACCGAGAUAUGCGUUUGGCUCACACAAACCUUUGGACUCUGAAAAUGAAUUCAAACUCUGCAUAAAUAAAAUAAUCGAGAACAAAAAUAUCAUGGAGUAUUACAUAUUAAUAUACAUUAGAAAGUGUUUUAGUGUCAUUUUUAUGUUUUUAAUAUCCAGUAGUUAAUGUACUCUUUAUUAUAAACCUAUAUAUACAAAUUAUUAUAUAGUUUGGAUUUUGGUGUAAUCGUGAGUUUUUAAUUAUCAUUUCAUAAUUAUAAAAGGCUCUUUACAGCUAAGAUAAGUAUAUAUUUAGAUAUAAAUUAGUAAGUAUUUUACUAUAUUAAUUAAAAUUCCAUGCUUUACAAAUAAAAUCUAUAAUAUUAUUUGAGAAGUGAAUUUGCUCAUUUUCAUGAUUUCCAUAAUUUUUGGAUAAGUCAAUAGUUUUCAUAAAUAUUUUUUUAAUGUAUUUUUAUAAUAAACAUUUUUGGAAACAUGAUAAUUGCAAUAUUUCAGCUAUACAAAUAUUGGAUAUUAUCUUAUUUUUAUUAUAUUAAAAAUCCAUUUGAUUUUAGGUGAUUUAGUUAUUUUAAUAAAUAUUUUUAAUAAUAUUUAAAUAUAAGAUAAUAAACAGUUUUGAGAAAAUAUGAUAAUUAUCAUCUACACAACUAUUUGAUAUUAUCUUAUAAAUAUUAUUUAAGAAUAUUCUUCUCUUAUAUGUCAUGAAAGGAUUAUAUUUAUAUUUUGGUAUUAAAAAUUAUAUAAUUUUGGAUUUUUUAAUAUAAGUUCAUCGAUAGCAUAUACAAUUUAUUAUUUUUAUUUAUUAGUGUUUAGUUUUUAACAAUAUUUUUCAAACGAGUAUAAAUUUUAUAAAUAUGUGUUAUCACAAAAGCUCAUAUUUAUGUUAUAUCCAUACCAAAGCAGUACUCGAAUACAAGUUGUAGAGAAACAUUAGAAAAAAAACUGCAAUGAAAAAAGAUGAAUAUUU